AUGAAAUCGAAAAAAAGUUCAGCUCGAGAAUAUCUCUUGGCUAAUGGCGAGAUGGGUGUCAUAUCGACAGCAUUGAGUCUCACUGUUUCGUUCGUAUCCGCCAUUUCUGUGCUGGGUAUGCCUAGUGAGAUCUACAUGCAUGGAACAAUGUUUUUGUAUCAAAUUAUAGCAUGGAUAAUUGGAUUAACACUAUCAGCUCUAGUAUUUAUGCCUAAAUUUCGUGAAUUAAACUAUACAAGUAUCUUUGAAUAUUUAGAGAAACGCUUCGAUAGAACAGUUCGCUUGUGUGUCUCCUUCUUAUUCACAAUAUAUAUGGUAAUCUACAUGGCCAUUGUGCUGUAUGCGCCGGCUUUAGCACUUAGUCAAACUACUGGACUAAAUAUUUGGUUAUCAGUUAUCUCGAUUGGUGUUAUUUGUACCUUUUACUCUUCGAUAGGUGGUAUAAAAGCUAUCAUUUGGACAGAUGUUUUGCAAUUCACUUUUAUACUGGUUGGUCUUCUUCCUGCUACUAUACAAGGCAUGUAA